AUGGUUUCAUCCGUCGCUGUUUUUGUAGCUCUUGUUCUUCUAAUCUCUCCAGCUCUCUCUUUCACACCAUGCCCACUGCUUGGGCUUGCUUACCCGCCAUUUAGAUUAGACGUCAAUGACACUCUCAUUUCGAAUUCCCUGAAAAAUUUAACGGCAAAAUUUGAUCAGCUCGUUAAAACCAACACAGGGCCCAAUGGGGAUAUAUCACCCAACACGACGUUCAGCAUUGCGCUUUUCUCUUCAAAUAAAGGAGACAGCGGGAAUGAGCCAUUCUUCUGGCAGUAUCACUACACCUCUCCUGAGUUAAGCUCUGCCAAAAAUGUUACCAGCAGUAGUGUUUACCGGAUCGGGGGCCUAACACAGAUUUUUACUGUUUGGAGUCUCCUUCUCAUACAAGGAGAUCGAAUCUUCAAUGAUCCAAUUACUAAAUAUCUUCCGGCUCUAGCUAAAGCCUCAAUAAAAGAUACGAUUAUAAGCCAUACUCAAUGGGAUGAGGUCACAGUUGGACAACUAGCAAGUCAUAUGAGUGGCAUUUCUCGAGACUACUGUGCAAGCGACUUGGUUUUCGAAAAGGGUUUCUCUGAAGCUGGGCUGCCAGGUCACUCCUCUUUGCAGUUACCAUGCUGCGCUAACAAUACGCACUGUAGCCCUAGCGACUUCAUUCAACAUAUUGCGGCUAGGAUUCCGGUGGCUCUUACCGGCAUGACGCCAGCUUAUUCAAAUAUGGCAUUCCAACUUCUUGGCUACGUGAUAGAAAAGAAAAGUGGAAUGACUUUUGAAGAAGUAAUCCAGCACUAUAUCCUGAAUCCAUUGGAAAUGAAUCAGACCUCAAUUUUUGCCCCCAAGAACCCUGUCCAUGGUGUUAUUCCCAGGAACAGAGUUGCUAGUGGCUGGUCAGCUCGCACUGCAGGCUCUGAGGCAUCUACAUCCAUGUUCUCAAGCGCUAGAGACCUCGCAAUUGCUGGGAAAGCUAUUUUAAACUCAACCUUACUGUCAUCCGCUCAGACUAGACGUUGGCUGAAGCCUGUUUCUCAUACUUCCAAUCCGGCCAACUCUAUUGGCGCACCAUGGAUCAUAUACAGUGGCGGUGACUACCCAGAUACCUCGAUGGUGGAUGUAUAUAGCAUCCUCAGCAACGAAGGUAACAACGAGGGCCUCUACAGCUCGUAUCUGGGUCUAGUACCCGAUUACAGCGUUGGCUUUGCUAUUCUUUCGGCCGAUACUGUCAGUCCUGCUGAUUUGAACGCACAUGCGGACUAUAUGGAGGUCAUGUUGGAAGCUGUCAUGGAGACGGCGCUGAAACAAGCUGCGAAGAACUUCGGUGGUGCCUACGUAGCCUCGGGGCUCAACUCGUCGAUCACCGUGAUGUGGGACGGUUUGCCGGGUCUGUACAUCGAGGACUUCGUAAGCAAUGGCAUCAAUUUUCGCGAGACUCUGGCCACACUUACCCAUGUUGCGAACGCUACGGAUUUGAGUAUCCGUUUAUACCCAACCGAGCGGGUUGAGACAGACAACCAGGGCUCUAAGCAGGCAUUUAGAGGAGUCCUUCAGGACAAGACCGAGCUUGCCGACGCUGGGACUCCCACCUGUGUCUCAUGGAUGGACCUGGACAAGCUCCGAUAUGGUGAAUACGGACUGGAUGAAUUCAUUUUCAAUCUCAAUGCCGAGGGCCAGGCCGUUAGUGUCGAAAUUCCGGCAUUGGAGAUGACCCUAGUGAAGAAAUAG